CUCUGUGUCAGCUUUCUGUGUCUUCUCAGGGUCUGCGUUGUUCUACUAUGGCGGACCCAGAGCUGACCCCAAGCAAACCUCAGGCUGACCCAUAGCGCAGACAUAGAAAGCAGAUCUUAAAUCACUCCUGAAAAAUGACCAAGUGUACGUCUCUACGUAUGUAUUUGGAUUAAACAAGGGGCAACUUACAGGCGGUAAGACAAAAGAUGGGUCUGCUUCACACUUCAGUGCGUGAAGUGGACCUUAAAAGAUGAAAUCAAGAAAACCAAUGGUGGACCCCGAGCAGACCAAGAGCUGACACCCUAGGUCAGCUUUUAUGGUCUGCUUUGGUGUAGGUUAUGUCUGAUAGCCUGAUAUGAAUGCCUGUAUGACCUAGAUCUACUCCAUACAGAUAUAUACAAAUACAAAUUUUUAAUAAAUAGAACCAUUUUAACAAGAACUUGGACUUUGGGUAGGUGUGUCAAUUUAAACAAUGUGAAGCAGGCCAUUUCUUUGCUGGCCACUCAGCCAUGGCUGUUUGAAAUCAACAAGAUUUGUCUGGCUUUUAGGUUAAGAUAUGCAAUUGGUGCAUAUUUCACUUGAAAUCGUGUCAUUUUUAACUUGUUUUGAUGCAAGAAAUAGAUAGCUACGUCAAACCGAAAGUCCAAGAUCUUGGUUAUAAUGUUCUGACUAAGUGACUUGAGCGUACUAUAUGCACAGCUUUGGGUCAUCGUGGCAAACCACUGUUUUGAGUCCAUAAGCUGCCUCAAAUGAUGAUGUGAAUCACACGUGGGUCACCGAUGAUGCAUUAGGUAACGAAAAUUCGAUCUGAACCUAAAAGAUUUAGACCUACUUGGAAGCCAAGGUUUUGGGGAAGAAAAUGGUGGAUCAAGAAUCUUUACCACCCGGCUGGGAAGCCAGAUGGAACGCCAAACAAAAAGCAUACUUUUAUAUCGAUCACAACAGCAGACAAACAACAUGGGUGGAUCCAAGGUUAAACCCUCAGAGAACCCAUUACAACAAUCGUUAUCAUGGAAUCCAGCAACCCGCACAAGUGGUGAAUCGCCCGGUCACUGACCAAUCAGAUGUCGGUCUGGAGUCCUCGGUCCAGCUCUUACAGAGGGCCUUUCCUGACACCAGUCAAGAUGUCCUCAAAGCCGUGCUGACCAGUUGCAAGAACAACCACACUAGAGCUAAAUUGACCUUAGUUUCCAUGGGAUUCAAAGAAGUGGCCAGUACUAAGACCCCAGAGCUAAGCCCUUACGACAAUGUGGAUCAUGGAAAAGAUGGAAAGAAUUCCUCUCUCAAAAAUCAGGAUGGCCAGCAACAGCCAAUGUCUCCAAACCCUCAGAGGUCAUCACCAGGGCAACAGCCCCCUAACUCUCCCAAGCAACAACAGAGUACAGAGUCUUCUCCAAGGCAACUACAGCCAUGGCCCUCUUUGUUUCAAAAUCAAAAUCCAAAAUUUUGUGGUCAUAGCAGUCCUCAUCUGUCUGCAAAAUAUCAACAUAAAGCACUGCCUGGCCAACUUAAUCAAAACCAGGCACCCCAUGGCAGACAUAAUCCACAACAGGCACUGCCAAACCAACAUUCAAUGAAAGCAGACCAAUGUGGAUCUCAACCUACUCCAAACCAUCAUCAAAACGAGUUUCCACAAAAUUCACAGCCAAUGCCAAGAAACCACAACCAGAGUGAGUCCCCAAAGUACAUUACCGAUCAGCACAUCUCGGAGGUACAUGUAACAAUGAAGUCAUGGGGAGAAAAUCAGCAGGAUUCCAGUACAGCAAACAAACUUAGGGAUGACCAGAGUAAAGCAAACUCUGUAACAACUACAAAUCACUCAAUCUCCCCUUUGUCUCGACAGAAGUUUUCUGGAUUGAAUCCAACAACAAACGCUAAAGUGACUACAGAGCAAAGAACACCAUCAGCAUCUCCUUCAAACUCCAAGAAACAAAGGGACCAUGUCAAAAGUCAGGAAAUGUCAACAGAGGAUAAGAGAAAAAUGAAACGGAGGCUGCUGCAGGAGUUUCCUGACCAGGAUCCCCUGGUUCUGGAGUUAACUCUUUUAUCCAACAACCACGACGAGGUAGCCACUAGAGUCUUGUUGAAAAAGUGGGAGGAGAACACAUUAAACAAUGAAGAGCAGAGAACAUGUGCAGAUCAGCUGGAGAGAACAGAAUUGUACAAGUCUUUUAAGACGUUCCCACCGGCCGCUGGGUCCUCCAACAGGCAGUCCCAUAAUGCACUUGGUCAGCAUGGCACAGAUUAUAGCAGCAAUGACCCAAGUUUACGAAGUCGGAAGAUAUCAAUGAAGACUCUCCUAGUAACAUCACAAGUCGGAUCCUCGGUCGGGGGCUGGAUGAGCCAGCUGCCUGGAGUGACGUGUUGUCUGCGUUCUUUCAAGUCCUCCACUUACAGAGGGCUUACUACGAAAGUGAUUACCCAUGAUACAAUUCACCAUUCGUUCCAUCAAACCGAGCCACAUGGACCAAAUCCAGCGCUACAGAAAGGUCCUAAUAAGUCCCUCCCUAGACAAGACUGUGUGAAGGCAUCCGGUCCCAAUGUAGAGAACAGACAUGGACCUAACCCCCAUAACCGUGGAGACAGGAUCCUGGCGACAGGCCCGAAUCGUGACCUAGUUCACGGUCCUGUGCGUGGUAGGAGUGCCUGGCCGACGGUGGUCAACUCAUUGUAGACUCAGCCAAGAGGGGAAGAGAAAGCGUGCUGUGUGCUGUGUUAUAUACUGUGUGAACUUCAUCACCCAUGUAACUUGCAUAUCAUUUUAGUAGAUUGUGUUAGAAACAUUGAAUAUAUUCUUGACAGUAAGAUUUUCUAGGGUGUAUUUAACAUCAUUUCCCUGUCAGUGAACAGUUUAGAUAACUAAAUACAUGUGUUACUAUAGCAUUGAAUGAUUUAUUUUUGACGUCGCGGUGUCAAUAACUGCCGUCAGGUGAGCAGACAAAUUGAAUAACGCGCGUUAGCGCGUUAUGAUAAUUUGUCUGCUCACCUGGCGGCAGUUAUUGACACCACAACGUCAAAAAUAAAUCAUUUAAUGCUUAUAUUUACAUUCCCUUAUUGAAUAAAUCAAUUGUUUACUUAAAUAAAUCGAUAUAAAGUGCAGACCACGGAGGGAGUGAAUAAGUAACAGCAAGAACAGCUGUUGUGUAAAACCGGUUUAAACUGGUUUUCGCAUAGACUGUUGAGAUGAGAUCGACGAGCAUGAAAAUAUAAUCCAUGAUAAAUAAUUAUUGAAAUGUUGCUUUUAACAAUAAAGUCAACUUUAUUGUUGAAUAAUUAUAAAACAUGGUGUUUUGACAACAUUCAUGAAAUGUAUUUUUAACCGAUCACAUAGAAAUCACUGUUUUAGAACUACUUAUGUAAAUUACUCGUAAAUUCAUACGCAGUGAAUAGGUGUUGCAUUUAGAGGCAUUUAAACAUCACGGAAUUUAAUGGAAAAACACAGUAGAAUGUAAAUAUAUGAUUUUGUAUUACAUGUAUUAUAGUUCUCAGAUUUAAUGUUCAUAUACUUGCACUUGUUUGAUAGGAUACAUUUUUGAUUAUUUUGUGAAACAGCUACUUACACAAUUAGUUCUCCAAUUAAUUGGCUUUGACACAGUUCUUCUGGGGAAAUUUUUUAUUCCAAUUCAUUUCACUUUAAUAUUUGAUUUGGUUUUGAUACAGCUUACUUUUUUUUAUCACUGAUUCAGAACCAUUUCAAUUCACUUGUUCUUAAAAAACAAUGGGUGUGUGGACAUUCCUGUGUUUAUAUCUAUUUAAUGCAUAUAUAUAAACUGUGCAUCUGUGUUUCCAAUAUACAUGUAUAUAAUCUUGAUACGAAGGUCAUGAUAAAUUAUUAACAACUUGCGUAUAUUAUAAACAACUUGCUUGUACUGUAAUAUCUAGAUUAUUUUGUUGGUGAAAUAAAAAUAUAAGUCAAUUAAUGUAAUUAAUUUUUGGCCUGCAUGUGAUUGUUGAAUGUUAAAGUAAAACAUCAAAUUCAAAUUACCGGUAAUGUUAUCAUAAUUUUGGUAGGCAAAUUAGUCAAUUUGUCUCUUCUGUACUGGAAUUUCUGUGUUGAUUAUUCAUGUUUACAAAACAUAAUUAUUAAGGCAUUACUAUUUGUUAGUUUAUGUGAUGUGAAAAGAAUAAAGAAUAAAUCAGAUAAAGAUCUUCA